CUCUACGUAAGUAUAUGAGCAAGAAACACCCACAGCCGUAGGCUGACGUGUAACCAGUUAAAAAACACACGUUGGUAUGUGCAGAAAACAUGAAUAAAGCCAACAAGAGAUACUAUUCGUAUGCUGAAACUCCCUGGCCAGUGCAUUACAUUUUCUACGCUUCAAGCGCAGCCAAGAACUCGAGGCUUCUCACAUCUCCCGCUUUUAAGAAUUUAAGAAGUCACCCCAACGGGCACACCCAGCCCAACGGAGCCAACAGGGGCGCCGCUCUCCAUAGCAGAGGGUGGUGGAAGCGACCUCUACACCUUCCCGCGAGGUCCCGUCUCCGACUGCCCCACGCGCCUCCCGGGCCCCGCGUAGACCGCCAACCGCACCGCCGAGCGACAGCAGCUCCUGCAAGUCUCGGCUCACGCUGCCCUCCCACCCGCCUCGGGUCGGGUGUCGCUUUCACAAGCCCGGAAAGUGACCCGCCGCCACUGUCAAAACCAGAAGCACCGCCACCCCGGUGGGCCCGUCAACAACUGCUCCAGAAUUUUUUUUUUUUCUUUGAAAUUACCGGCCUUGGCUCGACAGGUUCCGUCUUCCCCAGCCCCGAGGGGCACCGAAUUGGUGGCGCGGCCGUGCAGACGCUUUUCCUGAGCGGGGUUCCGGGCCGUCCACCUCGGCGCUCCCUCUGCCGGCGGAGGAGGGACCAGGCCUCCUCCGAGUCCUCCGAGCGCUCCCCGGCUCCCCGUCCUCCCUGCCCACCGGGGAGACCCUGGCGCCCAACGCCCCUUCCUUCCACGAUCGCACCGCCGAUGCUGCUCUCCUGGCGGGAGAGGAAAGCGCCUGAACGUCACCCGCUCGGCACGUGCCCUGGCCUCGGCCGGGAAGAGAAAGCACCCCGGGUUACCUCCCGACACCCCGCCCUCAACACGGCCCGAAGCAGAAAGGGCUGUUUUCUCUCCCCUCUCCCCACCCUCCCGACGGCCAGGCUGGAAGGACAAGGGGCCGGCUCCCGCUAGGGGAGGCCACAGCCCUGGCCUCAGCGGUGGUGUCACCCCCUCCCCGCACACACAACCCCCCCCCCCCCCCCAACCCCUCCAUUGCAGCCGCAUUCCCUGCAGCCUUUGAAGCUACUUCCUUCUGCAACAGGUUCACGCCUGGGGCUGAAAUGGCUGCAGGGAGUAGGGCUGCUGUUCGAGCCUGUGAUCCGCUUUUACAAUGUUUUUAGAGGACUUGCCUCUCCUCUAGCAGUAAGCAUGGUGCCAUAGUUAUUUUUCCAAAUCCUACUCAUUCCUCAAAACUUUCCUUUUACUAACCAAUGUCACCCCAAUAGAUUUAAUUAAAAAAAAACCUUCCUUUAUGAAGACUGAGUGGGGUGUCCGUCAUGAAGACCCCCGUGGAUACAAUGACUGGACAGCACGCGGAGAUGAUAUGAGCCUGCCUCGUUCCCAACACCCACAGCAUUUCCUACCUCUACCCGUGCUCCUCCAAACUGUUUUUGAUUGCACUCUAUUACCAAAUAGGAAAAAAAAAAAAAAAAAAAAGCCUAUAUACUCAUGUAAGUCACAUGCACGUCCUGUUGGGUAUGAUUUUUUAAUUUAAAAAGGAUAAGAUAAAGAUGAAACAAACAUUUAAAGUAACUGUAAGAGUUAUUUUUAGAUGAAUGGUAGAAAAACCCUUGUUACUCUCAGUAAAAAUAUCUAGUGAAAGCAAUAUGAUUGACUAGGGUUCAAUGUUUGUAAAAAUCUUUAAUAUCUUGUGAAAGUUAUUAAAAUGUCUGAUUCAA